CCACUAAAGAAAGAAAGAAAGAGCUCGCGUGUGAUGUGUUUGUGUAUCCUCAGUGUUUUUCUCUCUUGAGUGUUUUUCUCUCUUGAGUGUUUUAAACAGAGUCUUGUCUCUGUGUAUUUUAGUGUUGAUGAUGAUGGAUGUGAUGUGCUGUAAAUCAGGAACUGAUCAGGACUUACAGGAUGAUGAAUCUACUGAUCAAACCUCCACAGAGUCUCUGGAUUCUGUCUGUAACGCUGGAGAACAGCAGCAGAUCCUGCAGACCAAACUCAACAUGUGUUCAGUCAAACUAAAGGAAAGUGGGAACCAAACUGAGAUUAAAACAGAACCCACAGAAAUAAAAAUAGAACCAACAGAAGAGGACGACGACGACGACGAUGAUGAUGAUGAUGACUACGACGAUGACGAUGAUGAUGAUGAUGAUGACGACGACGAUAGUGAGUACAUUCCUUCAGAUAAGAAGAGUGUGCGUUUUACUAACUUACACGAGAAGAAACUUCAUUCAGAAGAUCACAGAGAGAAGAAGAAGAAGCAGUUUCCCUGUCAACAGUGUGGGAGGAUUUGUGUUUCUUCUUCUAGUCUGAUCAUUCACAUGAGGAAACACAGUGAUGAAAGGCCUUUCCACUGCACUUACUGUGACAAAUGUUUCCGCAGCAAAGGAGGUCUUAAUGUUCAUGAGAGAAUUCACACAGGAGAAAAACCACACCAGUGUCCUCUAUGUGAGAUGAGAUUCAUCAGUGGACAUUAUUUGAACAAACAUGUGCGUUUACACACCAAUGAGAAACCUUAUCAGUGCAGUGAAUGUGGAAAAACCUUUAGGCUUUUAGAUUCUUUAAGACACCAUAAAGUAACACACUCUGAAAGACUCCAUCAAUGUUCACACUGUGAUAAACGUUUUUAUCAUAAAAAGGAUCUGAUAAUCCAUGAGAGAGUUCACACGGGAGAGAGACCUUAUCUCUGUUCUCACUGUGGAAAGAGCUUCACUAAUCCAAGUACUUUUAAAGUUCAUCAGAGAGUUCACACUGGAGAGAAACCUCAUCACUGCAGUGUUUGUGGGAAGAAUUUCAGUCGACGUAGCAAUUUAGUGACGCACCAGAGAAUUCAUACAGGUGAAAAACCUUACAAAUGCUCUCUGUGUGGAGAGGGGUUUAAUCAAGCGGUUCUUCUGAGAAUCCAUCUGAGAGUUCAUACAGGCGAGAAACCUUACCGCUGUUUGAUCUGUGGAGAGAGAUUCGCUAAUGUAGGACCUUUUAAGACUCAUCAGAAGAAACAUGCUGAACAACAAACUGAUCUGUGAAAAAGACAAAUAACUUUUACAUAAAAGAUUUUUUACAAACACAAUUCACAUUUGUAGUAGACUUUGUAUUUUCUUUCCUGUACUGUAAUUAAAGUUACAGUUAUGUUAUAA